UCAAGGCGUUUGUUACCAAACAGGUGACACGCGUGGCAAUCAAGAUCCCCAAUUGGCAGUAAUGCUGACGCUGCUAAUCAGAGAGCACACGAGGUUGGCUUACGACCUGGCAGCGAUUAAUCCCCACUGGAAUGACGAGAGAUUGUUCCAGGAGAGCAGACGCAUCGUUAUCGCCGAGUAUCAGCAUAUCACUUAUCAAUAUUGGCUGCCCCUUGUCAUUGGUGAGAUUAUGCCCUUGUACCAUUGGAAGGCUAUAUUUCAGUCCAUAGUGAGAAAACGAAAAAGAUACUGUAAAGACCACAAGAUCUGCCCUGUCAGCGAGGAGUUAUCGCACAACUAUAAUGAAAAAAUCAACCCGAGCACGAUGAAUGGCUUCACAACCGGUGCAUUUAGAUUUCUGCACUCUCUAGUCGACGGAAACAUAAGUCUAGUCACGAAGAACAACAGUAUCUUUCAGACUUUACGGCUGAGCGACUAUUACUUCCGGCCCUCUAUCGUCGAGACUGACUUUAACUUCGAGUCUCUCUUGCGGGGCCUUGUACUUCAGCGGGCGCAAAAAGCUGAUUCUAAUUUCCAUCCAGAAAUAUCCGAGUACUUGUUCCGCUUGGUCGAUGAAUUCGGUAUGGAUCUCCUGGCACUUGACAUACAACGCUCGAGAGACCACGGUAUUCCCGGCUACAAUGCCUACCGACAAAUCUGUGGCCUCGAGACUGCCAAGGACUUUCACGGACUUAUCAAUGAAAUCUCGUUGAAUAAUAUCGAGAGGUUGCAUACUGUCUACAAGCACGUCAAUGAUAUCGAUCUGUUAGUUGGUAUCACGAUGGAGAACCGAAUGCCUGGCAGUUUGGUUGGACCGACAGGUAGAUGUCUCAUUGGAGAACAGUUUUAUAGAUCGAGAUACGGCGAUAAGUAUUUCUAUGACAAUGCCAAUUUCCCGCAUUCUUUCACGCCUGAACAAUUCAAGGAAAUAAAAAAGGCCACUCUAGCUGUGAUGAUAUGCGAUCUCGGACAAGCUUUGACGGAAAUACAAAUGAAUCCAUUCAAAAUACCUAUCUAUAAGAAUACAGAGUCUUGUUCCCAUUUGCCGAGAAUAAAUUUGGAGCUAUGGAGGGAAUUAAUUGAAACAGAGUGAAUGCCUAUGUUCGGUCGUAAAUGUACAUAUAAUUAUUAUUAUUUAUAGCUGUUCGUGAAAGUAAAAUAAAUUGUAGAUUAGAUCUUAUAGUAAAUAAAAAUAAUACAAUGCAAUUUCGCACAUUACGUCAUGAUUGUUCGAAAAGAAAACCUACGAAAUUUGUAUCACAAAUCACGCACAUUAAAACUGCACUAUUGU